GGACAAUCUCUGAUUAGCAGUGGGUUUAUUAUUCUUCUCUUAUUGCAUAUUAAAAAAAAGCAAAACAUACACUUUUACAUACGCAUUCACUCACAAAUGAAGAUGCAAGAUGAAGAAACAUACAUGACCUUGAAUAUACAGUUGAAGAAAAGGAGUUCUAUCCAAACAUUUCAAUUUAAAUGUCAAGACUGUUCUGUGAUGUCACACCGAUAUAAAAUCUUGUUGGGGAUAUCUGGAGGACUAAAUGGUAUUCUGGUUUUGACGUUGAUCACCUUGAGUCUGUUAGUUUCUCAGGAAGUGCUGCCAAAAUGUCUAAAAGAAUAUAAUUCAAACAUCACUCAGCAUGAUGAUACUGGAUACUUGGAAGUCAACAGUGACACAAGAGGCAAUAUACAUGAGAAAGAUGCAGGCCACUGUGUUUCAAGAGCUACAGGUCAUAAAGGAAUGUGCUCAUCAGAAUGGCUGAAAUAUCAAGAAAAGUGCUAUUGGUUCUCUAAUGAGAUGAAAAGUUGGAGUGACAGUUAUAGAUAUUGUUUGGGGAAAAAAUCUCACCUACUAAUUAUUCAGAACCAACUUGAACUGGCUUUUAUACAGAAAACUCUAAAACAAUCAAACUACGUGUGGAUUGGGCUUAACUUUACUUCCCUGAAAAGAACAUGGACCUGGGUGGAUGAUUCUCCUUUGGAUUCAAAGAGAUUUUUCAUAAAAGGACCAGCUCAAGAAAAUAGCUGUGCUGCCAUCAAGGAAAACGGAAUUUACUCUGAAACUUGCAACAGUGUUUUCAAAUGGAUUUGCCAAUAUUAAAAUUUUAAAAGUGACAGUGAGUUAUCAAGGAUUAAAGUGUUGAUCUAACAUGAAUCUUUAGGAAUAAGAAUUUAAAAUUGCAAUUAAACACCUGCCUGGCUUCUCUAUUUCCCUCAGUCAUGUUCAUGGGUCCUAGUCACAGAGUAACUCAUGUUAACAAUCUAAAAUAUACCCUCUGAUUCUUUGUGUGAUAAUAUAAUCCAAAAUGAACCCAUACAUUUAUAUUCAUGAUGUAAUUCACCUUUUCUUUUACAACAAAUGUGAACAAAUUAUGUCUGCUUUUC